CUCUCGCGCUCUCUAGCCCUUUCUAGCUGUCUCCCUUCGCCUCCUCUUCUCUUCCUAGCCUCGGCCGACUCGGCGUCUCCGGACGUUGUCUUGGAGGACUGGGUCGCUGCCUGGUCUGUCGGUCGGUUUCCAACUCGAACGGAGGCGUCGGCGCAAACAGCCAAUCACUGGCGCCAGGCCAAACUUUCAACAGCUCCCCUCCUUUGUCACCCCACGGGACAGCCUAUCUUUCGGACAGUCAGUCGGCCUGUCGUACAACCAACUCACUUGACUCAUUCUGGGAUGACUCUUGCUCUCACCAGCCCCACAUUCGGUGUCCUAGUGGCUCCACCCUCCUAACCAUUGGCUCCGGGGUGGACUGA